UAAUUGCAGAAGCCUUCAGAUUUCCAGAAGGAAGGACUACAGAAGACAUCUCUGCCCCAGUGAUAGAAGCCACAGGUACCACAGAAAUGAUGAGUGUCCUUGGGGCCAAUAGGCAGUCACCUCUAGAGUCUGACUUCCAGAAGCGGAGAAGGUGAGCUCCCUGGGCAAGAACUGGCACCGCUUCUGCCUGAAAUGUGAGCACUGCCACAGUGUCCUGUCCCCAGGAGGGCAUGCAGAGCACAAUGGGAGGCCGUACUGCCACAAGCCAUGCUAUGGGAUUCUCUUCGGACCCAGUGGCGUGAACAUUGGUGGUGUGGGCUCCUACCUCUACAACUCUCCCAUUCUCACCCGUGCCAACACCACUCCCCUCGACCCCAGCAGUUUCAGCCCCCCAAGACCCAGGACUGGCCUCCCCCAGCGCAAGAAAAGCCCUUCCCACAUGAAGACAUUCACUGGGGAGACCUCGCUGUGCCCUGGCUGUGAGGAACCUGUCUAUUUUGCUGAGAAGGUGAUGUCUUUGGGCAGAAAUUGGCACCGACCCUGUCUGAGGUGCCAGCGCUGCCGGAAGACUCUGACUGCUGGGAGCCACGCUGAGCAUGACGGCGUCCCCUACUGCCACAUCCCCUGCUACGGCUACCUGUUUGGCCCCAAAGGUGUGAACAUUGGUGAUGUGGGCUGCUACAUCUAUGACCCUGUGGAGAUAAAAUCCAAAUGAGAUGCUUACAGAAGUCACCCUAACUCAGGCCUCCCAUCAUCCCCUCCAUGAUCCAAUGGGAGCUACAGAAUUCUUCAAUCCCAUAGAGGUAGGGGAGGAUGGGAUUCUGGCAGUGUGGGCCUCAGCUCCAUAGCAGACCAGAAAGUCUAGACUUUCUCUGCCAACUCCUCCCUUUCUCAUUCCUAUCUGCUCAGGGGAACUGGUCCACCCCAUUUUGAAUGUUGGCCUCUUGUCCUUUCCAAUUCCUUUCCCCAGCAAAUUCUAUAACUUCAAGGUAUUCAUAAAACUUGUGUUUAUUCAGUCUUCUCCAAUAAAAUGUUGGCUC